AUGACUGUCUGGGCAGUCGGAACAACAAAUCGCGCCAAAGCGGAGAGCGUUAUGACGGUCGUUAACAAGUGCUUUCCCGGCGAGGCCCAUGAGGUACGUCUUUGCAAUGUCAGCUCCGGGGUCAGGGAUCAGCCAAUGUCAGCAGAGGAGACCCAGCGAGGCGCUCUAAACAGAGCCAAGGCAGCCCUGGAAAUAAUUCCUGGCGCUGAUUACGGUGUCGGGCUGGAAGGUGGCAUCGAGGACAUUGCUGGCCGUUGGUUUGAGUGCGGAUGGAUGGCCAUUGUGGAGCGGAAGACGGGCAAGUGCGGGAUCGGAUCUUCUGCGCGUUUUGAAAUGAGCGAAACAAUCAUGCGGCCCAUCCUCAACGAAGGCAAAGAGCUGGCGGAGGUGAUGGACAACCUGACUGGUGAACAAGAUGUGCGCUCCGGCCUUGGUGCGAUGGGGGUGCUGACGGCUGGUCAUCUUGGCCGUGCAGCAGCUUAUGAACACGGACUGGUAUUCGCGCUAGCUCCGUUUCUCUCUGACAGCAAGUACUGGUGA